AGAGAGCGGCGGCUCCGAGAUGUCGGCGGGCAGCGGCGCGGGAGGCAGUGACCGGCGUCCCUCCACCUGCCGCGUGGAGAUGGGCUCGCUGCUGGCGCAGGAGCCGCGCCCGCUCGACAACAAGGUCAAGCGUCACAGCAUACAUGGCAUGACAGAAGAGGAAAAUGUGGUCCGCCCACAUCAGGAGAUGGCGGUGCUGUCUCUAGAGGAGAAGAAGUAUUUGUUGGGAGUGGAGCGGGGAGACGUGGCGGGUACACGGCGGGUGUUGCAGCGAGCGCGAGAUACCGGCCACGUGAACGUGGACUGCGUUGACCCGCUGGGCCGCAGUGCGCUGCUGAUGGCUAUCGACAACGAAAACCUGGAGAUGGUCGAGCUUUUGCUAGAGUUUGGUGUUGAAACUCGUGAUGCGCUUCUACACGCUAUAUCCGAAGAGUUCGUCGAAGCUGUCGAAGCGCUUCUUGACCACGAGGAGAGAACGCGAAAGCCUGGUGAACUACACAGUUGGGAGGCCCUACCCCCAGAGACUGCAACGUUCACAUCGGACAUCACCCCGCUAAUACUGGCGGCUCACCGCGACAGCUACGAAAUCAUCAAGCUACUCCUGGACCGUGGCGCAUCUCUGCCAGUUCCGCACGACGUUCGGUGUGGUUGUGACGAAUGCGUUCGCUCGCGCCGAGAAGACUCAUUACGGCAUUCACGGUCAAGAAUAAAUGCCUACAGAGCAUUGGCAUCUCCGUCACUAAUAGCGUUAUCUUCUAAAGAUCCGAUACUCUCAGCGUUUGAACUGUCGUGGGAAUUGCGGCGUCUAUCCGCUUUGGAACACGAAUUCAGAGCAGAAUAUCAAGAGUUACGAGUGCAGUGCCAGGAGUUCGCGACGGCUCUACUGGACCACACGCGCACCUCGCAUGAGCUGCAGGUGCUUCUAAACCACGAGAAGGGAUCACCGCAGGCGCCGCUGAUCGAGCCCGGCGCGCCCGAGAGAAUGAGACUGUCACGACUCAAACUUGCCAUUAAAUUACGUCAGAAGAAGUUUGUGGCACAUCCAAACGUGCAGCAGCUGCUGGCGUCCAUCUGGUACGAGAGCGUGCCCGGCUUCCGUCGGAAGAACAUGCUGCUGCAAGCGGUGGAGAUGGUGCGGAUCGGAGUCAUGUUCCCGCUCUACUCGCUGGCAUAUAUCGCUGCGCCGCACUCGACAGCGGGUCGGAUGUUACGAAAACCCUUCAUAAAGUUUUUGUGCCAUUCGGCGAGUUAUUUCAUGUUUUUAUUUUUGUUAAUACUGGCCUCUCAACGUAUUGAGACCGCAGCCGGUGGUAUUUUCUGGGACACGAAGCAGGACACGCCAGUAUCCCGCAGAGGGUCUCCGCCGACUCUGGUCGAGUGGCUCAUACUCUCGUGGGUUAGCGGUUUGAUAUGGAGCGAGGUGAAGCAGCUGUGGGACAUGGGUCUGCGGGAGUACGUGCACGACAUGUGGAACGUGAUUGACUUCGUGACCAACUCACUGUACGUCGCGACCGUCGCCUUACGCCUCGUCUCGCAUUUUCAGGUGCGUAGAGAAAUGGCGUUAGGUCUUCAAUGGAAUCAACCGAGAGAAAAGUGGGACGCGUGGGAUCCGAUGCUGCUAUCAGAAGGGCUGUUCUCCGCUGCCAACAUCUUCAGCAGCCUCAAGCUGGUUUACAUCUUCAGCGUGAACCCUCACCUGGGCCCGCUGCAGGUCUCACUCAGCCGGAUGGUGCUCGAUAUCCUGAAGUUCUUCGUUCUGGAUAUUCUUGUUAUCUUUGCUUUCUCCUGUGGGUUGAACCAGCUACUCUGGUAUUACGCGGACAUGGAGAAGAAGAAGUGUCCUACGAACAACGCACUAAAUCCUGCCAAUGGCACCUUGCCAGAUCCCGACGCCUGCGUUGUCUGGAGAAGAUUUGCUAAUUUGUUCGAGACAAUGCAAACUCUCUUCUGGGCAGCUUUUGGCCUGGUUGAUCUGGAUUCCUUUGAGCUGGAGGGCAUCAAGAUCUUCACUCGCUUCUGGGGCAUGCUGAUGUUUGGAACGUAUGCUGUCAUUAACGUGAUCGUGCUGCUUAAUCUACUGAUCGCUAUGAUGAACCAUUCAUAUCAACUUAUAUCGGAACGGGCGGACGUGGAGUGGAAAUUCGCACGCAGCAAGCUGUGGAUCAGCUACUUCGAGGAGGGCGGCACGGCUCCUCCGCCAUUCAACGUAAUUCCCUCGCCCAAGUCGGCUCUGUACGCUUGGCGCUGGCUGCAGCGACGGAUGUGUGGCCACGCGCGCGCCAAGCGGGAGCACAUGCGUACCAUCCGGAGGAAAGCAAAACAGGCCAAUGAAAGAGACUUCCGUUACCAGGCCAUCAUGCGCAACCUGGUGCGGCGCUACGUGACGGUACAACAACGGCGCGCGGAGAGCGGGGGCGUUACCGAGGACGACGUCAACGAGAUCAAGCAGGACGUGAGCGCCUUCCGCUGCGAGCUGGUGGAGAUCCUGCGGAACUCCGGCAUGAACACGUCCACCGCCAACGCGGGGGCACCAGGAGGUGGAGGCGGUAAAAAGAAUCGUCAAAAGGAGCGGCGCCUCAUGAAGGGCUUCAACAUCAGCGCGGGCGGGUCGCUGGCGCCCGUGGACGAGUUCCUGGCGUCGCUGCACCACGAGCACGGCGCGCACGGGCCGGGCGCGGCGCACCACGCCUCACUGUCGGCGCUGCUGGGCGGGCGCCUGCGGGCCUCGCAGUCCAGCCUGUCGGACGCGGGCGCGGCGCCCCGCAAGCACAAGCGCCGCUGGGGCACCAUCAUCGACGCCGCCCGCGCCGCGCGCGUGUCACGCCUCAUCGGCCGCUCGCGCUCCGAGGACUCCGUGUGCGACCACCCGCGGCAAACUCCGAGCGGCAGCGAACAGUCGGAUUCGGGUAGUGAUUCACAACGCAGCCCGGAGCGAGUCUCCCGCAGUGGACCUCUACAUCCGCUGACAGCGUUCGCAGCCCUAAAGAGAAAGCGGAAAAACUUCUCGGCCUCUCGGCGCCAGGCGGAGAGCGGGCGCUCGGCCAGCGGUGCGGAGGCGCUCCAGCGAGCCAGCUCGGUGCCGGCGCGGGUCCCGCCGCCGCCCCCGCCGGCGCACCGCCCCCCGCCCCCGCUGCCCCCCACCAUCUCCCCCUCCACCACCACGGAGAGCGUGGCGGGCCGCGGCGGCAGUCGGGAGCCGCUGCUGGCCAGCCUCGACGACGACGCUAACAAGGACACGUGCGGUCAAUGCGGCUACGAGACACAAGCCGAGUGUCAAAUACAGAUUAACGGGUUGCGGGAGGGAGCGGAUCUGGUGGAGCACAGCGAGGAGGUGGAGCGGGCGGAGGUGGCGGAGGGAGCGUCGUGCGGCCGCUGCGCCGCGCUGGCACGUCUGGCCGGCGUCACGCCGCUCCAUGGUCACGCGCCGCAUCACUCCGCGGGCUGGCUCUAACGUGACACACAAUAUGGUCGACGCGUCAAUCUUUCUUCUUCCCGAACUCUCACCGGAAAAGGCGUUAAAUACGACGUGAAAUAUUUAAAGAGUUUUAUACUUAAAAGCGAACGACGACGUCACGAACAUCUUAAUCCCGCUGUGUGCUAUGAAGUGCGCCUACAUGGUAGGCACGUCACAUAGUCACGCGCAACACACAAUCAAACAAAACAAUCCACUCUAACAUUUAAAACUUUAUCAUAGCAAAAUUGUUACAUUUGAUGUACGUAACCUAACGGUUACAUAAACAUGAAAAAUUAAUAAAGUGACAUGUUCAAUACAUCAUUCUCAGACCAGGAAGAACGGUACCUAUAAUAUAAAACAUAACUUUAGCUAAGAGUUCACAAGUAGAACAUACUUCUAUCAUUCACAGUUACUCCUUUAACAAUACUCAUAACAAACCGUUUCAUUUCACAAAAGAUUGAAUUAAUGAGCUCGGUAAAAAUACAUAUACCUAUUGAGCACAAAUCUGAGGUCCUAAUUUAUAUUAAUUAUGAGAAUAUAUUUAUUAAUAAUUGUUUAUUUUAUAAUAUAAUAUUAAACAACGAAGAUAUUCUGCUUAAUUUAAAAAAAGCAGACUGCAUUGGUAGAUAUGUUCAUUUAAAUAGAUUAAUAUCGAACACCAAUUAGUUAAGUAGAAGCAAAUAAAAAUUAUUUAUUAAGUAUAAGUAGCUAAGUAAAUGAAAACUUAAGUAUUUAACAAUUUUAUAUAUUUACAACAACAUAAAAUUAUAAAAAUACUUUAUUGAAUAGUAGGUAUUGAAUUUAAAAGUUCGUAGAUAGAUAAAACGUCAAUAUUUGGUAUACAUACAGUAAUACUAAACUAAAACAAACUAAAUAAUUACUGUUUUUAAUGUGUUCCAAAUAGUUUUCCAUUAAUAAUAAACUUUUAAUGCACGCAGAAAAAUAUUUACUUGUUUACAUAGUACAUAAGAUCGAACCAGAUGAAACAGGGAUUUUGUGUACAUUUACGAAUCAUCCUCAGUCAACAAUAUUAUUCACUUACUAACAUAACUUACUUAGGUACCUACAACAUGAACUUACAUACAUACUAAAGAAUUUAUUUAUACCUAUUGCUGUGUUAAUUAGUUAAGUUUAAGUAAAUAUAUAACUUAGCAGAAUAUAAUAAUAAGUUCAUUAAAAGUAUUUAUAGUUCUACAGAUUAAAUUUGCAAUCAAAAUUUAUGAACGAUGCUGGAUUCGGACUCACGCCUCUCGGGUUCCGUCCGAGCGCUCUUGUGGCUCUUACCAACUGAGCCAUCCGAGUGGGCGUGGAUCGUAAAUCCUGUUCAACUCUCCGGUGGUGGUUCAUAAAUUUUGGUUACAAAUUUAAUUUAUACGCAGAAGUGAGGGUAUCACUUAAAAUAAUAAAUUAUUUAUACUUAGUACGUUUAGUACAUUUGAUUAAUUCCUAAUAUUGUUUAUAUUUGCAUUCUAAAUAUCAUCAUAUACAUUUUAAGACAUUAUAAUUAUUGAAUUUUAUUGUUUUUUUAAUAUAACAAUUUUAUAUUCAUGUUGAGAUAGCGUCCAUAGGUUUAUAGGUACAUAUUGCACAAUAUAAUAUGACAGUAUGGGUAGUUUUGGCUAAAAGGUAAAUAAAACGUUAUCUUAUUAAGCGAUUAAGAACUAGUCAAGUUAAAUGAGUCAUACAUAAUAUUUUAAAUAUAAUAAGCAAAGCGUCUAAAAUAAAGUUUCACAUCAUGCUUAGUAAACUGUAGGAAACUUAACGCGCCCAGUCACUUUAGUUUAUGGUUACCAUCCGUCCGGAUUAAUGUCCUGACUUCUACACUAUAGUCCGGAUUUUAUUUUUAAUAUGAUGGAAUAUAGUUAUAAAACUACACAUUAAGUAAUAUCACGUAAGCCAUCUUUACAAGAACUAAAAGUUCCGGACUUUCAUCACUUAAAAGUCAGGCUUUUUGUCAGGACUUCGAAUUGCUAAAUGGUAGCCCAACGUAAAAGAUCCAUUCUAACAAGAAAAAUAGUGGAAUGCAAAACAGAUUAUCUACUUUCAAAUCCACUUCCUCGUUUAUCUAUACUGAACUUGCUCCCAACAGCUUCAAUUAUUUUAUUUAUUUUUAUCGGUUCUACUCACAAUCCAUCGGAGUUGGUACCGACUAGCUUCGCACCAUUCGAAGGUUUAUCAGGGUGAGUGUAGUGAGUGGGUGGUAAGGUCCCGUGGCCACUCUUGCACUGCAGAUUUGCGCUCGUAGUGCGCUGCUUGACAGAGCGGGGGUUGCGGGGUGACCUGGCGGUAAUGACGCGCACUGAAGCACUGAAUCUUUUGUGUCACUUGUGAGCUUCAAUGAUGUCAACUCUAAUUGCGCAUAUUCGAAUCGUUGGAAAUGUAAUCGCACCUAGUAUAAAAUACAGGUUAAAAAAAAUUAACGGUUGAAUGUCUUUUUCAAAACCAUUCCUAAAUUGAGGAAAGUGAGGCAUUCUUUUAUAAUGUGGACCUCAAUCCACAUUUUUACAGUAUAGGGUCUUGUCUUUAUGUGACUGGACUGUAAGACUAGCGGAAGCAAUCGAUAGGUACUAUUACUAAGAAAUUAGAAUUAUAUUUUAAGGCUUGUACCACGAGGACAAUUUACCAUCAGAGGACAUUGAAAACAACUUUGUGCAUGUAUGUACAGUUAAAACAUCUAAUUAAAAAUUAUGAAGCAAAUAGACAAAUCAAAAAUAAAACACAAUUUCGAUAAUCAUAUACAAACUGGAAGAACCUAUUAAAAAUAUAUAAAUUCGUUUAUAAUAACUACUAGACAAGUUGUCAUUUGAAUAUUACUGCUACGACUAGUGAACAUUUUUAUGAAAAAAAAUUUAAAUCUGCGGCUGUUGUUACAUGUCCUCGAGAUGGAAUGGCGCUAAAUAGUAGGAACUAUUAAGUAGUCUGUAAUGAUUAUCUUUGCGACUGUAUGGACUCGGAUUUCAUAUAGAGUCGUCCUAUAUUACAAACCUAGGAUAAUAUUAUUAUACCCUUUUACCUAUUAUGGGAAAUUAGGUUCUUUUGUACGCUCGUCUUUUGUGAUCAACUUGUUACUGCUUAAUAGCGUGAACACUGGUUUAUUCAAUAAAAUAAUAAUACAUUUAUGACGACGUUACAUCAACAAAUAAAUAACUAGGCAAUGUUUGCAAACUCUAAUGACUGAAGUUAAGAAUUGAACGUAGUUUCACGUUUAAAUUCUCUUUGUAAGGAAUAGUAAUUAUUAGAUAAUAAACAUCAGCUGCGUAAUGUCUACUAGACUCUAUGCAAUGGUUUCAUCAGAGAGAAAAGAAAUUAUAAUAAUAAAAUAGGGAAGGUUUCAUUCUGUUAACAUUACAUAGGGUAUGUUCCGAUAUGCACUGCGACCACUGUACAGUGUGACGUCAAUUUAGUAUACUGUGAAGCCGUUCCUUUAUAGUUAGUUAUACUGGUUACUAUUUAAAAUGGAACGCAAUCCCGUAUACUGUCAGCCGCAUUUUUUGACGUAGCAUUCAAAUGAGUGUAUUAAAGUUUUCUAGUUCAUUAAAAAAACUGUUGUUGGAGUAUUGUCAAAUUAAAAAUAUUUGGAAUUAAACUGUAGGUAUUGUUUAUAUAACGUUAGGCACUCGAAUGGUUUUGACUGAUCACGUGAUCAAAGUACUGCGAGUACCUUACCUCGAAAACGCCAGUGCUCACAGUAGAAUAUGCCGGCGACUUAUGACGUCAUAUAUUUCCCUAGGGUACUGCGGCAGUUUCUUAUAUCUCUAUACUGGCAGUCCAUAACGGAACGAAUACAAUGAGACUACUACAAUGAUACUACAAUGAUAGCACUGUGCAGUGCUCGCAGUGCAUAUCGGAACAUACCCAAAAUAUACCACUAUAACAAGUACCUACUACUGCGAUAAUAGCCUAAACACAUGGUCGGAUUUGGUCCGACCUAACCAUCGGACGCGGUUCGGUACCGAACCAUAUUCGAUGGUACUUUGCAUUGUCCAUCGCUCAAAAUCUGGUACUUAAUAAUAAUAAUUUUCGACCGUACCAAAACCAUCAUGAUCAUUGUAUAAAACGUUUAUGUGAUAAAGGUUACUAUAACAUAAAUUAGUUUACUAAUGGUGCCGCAGGUAGGGAAUGGAGCGACCGUCCUCAGGCUAUUAAAUAAUAAAAAACAUAACGGGAUAUUACAUUGUAACAAUAUGUUUAUGAAAAAAAGAGCUCGCUGAGUUUCUUGCACGCGUUCUUCUCAGGUCUGAGGCAUACUUUUCGAAUGGGUGGUAGUUUUUGACUUUCAAUAACUGAUAUCAUAUCCUGUUUUAAAUAAAAAUAGUUCAAUUUGAAUCGUCUUUACAUAUGAAUAAAAAGAAUAGGAAAAGACCAAAAAACAAACUCAAACGCCAUUGUCUUGUAGAUUGUUAUAAUAUAUUUGAUUUUCAUAUCACUUUACACAUUAUAUUAUUAUUUGUGUCUAUUUAAUUUAAACAAAAAUCUCACUAUCCAUCGUUCCGCUUUAUUUCACCCGUCCAGUACAGUCCUGCUUCUCCCUCUACUUCCUUCAUCAAAUUUUGAAGGGGGCAAGCAUCUGAUGGUCAUUAAGCACUGUCACCAAUUUAUAUUAAAUAUUAUCCCCCACUUUAAGUAGAUUUAGUAACAUUCAAGUAACCUUUCUCACGUUACGAAGCGGAGGUGAUCACUUCUAGACGAGCGUGCUACUGACCACUAGUUUUGUUUACGUAGUGUUGUUAUUGGAUAGUGUUAUUGUUUAUCGAUGUAGCGUCACCGGAGGCCUUUUACGUGUUUGAGUUGUUCGUCGUGUCGUGCAUGCGUCUGAGUCGAGAGUCGCAGCGACCGGCGACUCGGACGCUACCGAUGCGCGUCACAUAAUCGAUUUAUAUUUUGUAAAAAUUGUUGUUUAUUUAUACAUUAUAUUUUAUACAUAAGAGUGCGAUAUUUAAUAAAAUUUGCACUCACA